GAGGCGAGGUGCAGGGUAGGUAGACAACAUGGCUUCUCAUGGUUGAGGGGCUGGAGGUGGUGAUAGGGUGCGCGUUUCGUACCGGCGGGAGGUGGGCAGUGACCGUGGGGACAGCCGGAACCGCCAGGUGCCGCGCAGGUUCUAAAUGGCUUCAAAGAAGUUGGGAUCUGAGUCUCAUGAAAGCCCCACUCACCUCCUUGCUCCUGGUCUCCGCCUGGAAAACCCUGCACACACAGUUCUGUCCAAGCAGCUUUCCUGCUGCCAGCACCGACCCUGUGCAACUGGGAAAACCCCAUACACGCAGCUCCCUCCAAGUGGCAGUUUUCAUGCCACCGACGCUGACUCUGUGCAACUGGGAAAACCCUGUACAUGCGGCACCCUCUGAGCAACGGCUUUCCUGCCACUGGCACCGACCCCGUGCAACCCGGAAAACCUCCGAUACACGUGGCUUCUCCCAAGGGGCAGGUGCUGGCUCUGCAGAAGCGGGUACCCUGCUAUUGGGUCAGACCCGCUGGGCUCUACUGCUCGGUGUACUUCAGUCGCCGUGGGCAGGUCCUUUCAGUUAUCUUGAUGAUGUCUCAUUUAAGAUAGGAGACAAAUUCAAAAUCCCAGCAAAGGUUGGAUUACCCAUUGGUUUCAGCCUGCCUGAUUCUUCUCAGCUUGUCAGAGAAGCCCAGUAUGACUUCUCACUGGAAAAGAAAACAAUUGAAUGGGCUGAAAAUAUAAAAAAAAUUGAAGCUGCCCAGAGAGAAGCUGAACACAAGGCAGAAGAAGCACUAGCAAACUCAAAAGCAGCUUCAGAGGACAUCACCAAAAUGGAGUUCUCGGAGGGACCUUGCCCUGAAGUCAUGCCUCCUCCUAUUAACCCCAUCCUCACUAGCAUGCAGCACAAUAAUAUUCUUACUCCCACACCAGCCAACAGCAGUGCUGUGAAGCAAAAGGUUCUCAGUCCACCUCAUCCAAAAGCAGACUUCGACCCAGCUGAUUUUGAAUGUGAAGAAGACCCUUUUGACAAACUGGAAUUAAAAACUAUCAAUGAUAAGGAAGAAUUAAAAAAUAUUCUUGAAAUUCAUGUUGGUACUACUGGGCCAAUUGUUGCCCAGCUAUUAGAUAAUACUUUGCCCAAAGUAGAGUCUGAGUCUGUGUUGCAAGAUGAGAAAGUUCUGACAUCCAUAGAAAGGGCUACGUUGGACUUCAAACCCCUUCAGAAACCAAAUGGCUUUAUCACUUUACCACAGCUGGGGAACUGUGAAAAGAUGUCCUUGUCUUCCAAGGUGUCCCUGUCCCCUAUCACUUCAGUGAGCAACAUCAAAUCCCUGUCCUUUCCUAAACUUGACUCCGAUGAGAGUGAUCAAAAAUCAUCAACGCUUAUGAGCACUUUCCACAGCCCUACCUGUCUCCGCAAUGGCACUUUGCUCAGCUCUUUGCAGACCUGUGCUCAGAGUAAAACCAGUGAACUGAAUGGACACCAUAUGGUGGGUCUUUCUGCUCUAAAUGAAGACAGUGGCAUGCAGACAUCAACAUUAUCCUCUUCAUCCAGACUGCCUUCCCUGGCUGUGUCAACAGUUUGUACAGAAGAAGAAUCACCUCAAAGCACAGCGAUUAUGGUGCACCCAGACUACAAGGAGACAAAAAUACUUAUGGUAACACACCAAAAUUUCCCAGUGUCUCAAGUGCCCAAUAAUACCAGCUACACAAAGCAGUCAGGUGAUCCCACUCCUGAACUACAGCAGGCCCUCUCUGCUAGUGAAAGACAGUGCAUAGAGACAGUCGUCAACAUGGGAUACAUGCCUGAGGAUGUCCUGAAAGCCAUGAAGAAGAAGGGGCAGAACAUAGACCAGGUUUUGGAUUACCUGUUUGUACAUGGACAGCUUUGUGAGAAGGGCUUUGAUCCACUUCUUGUUGAAGCAGCUUUGGAAAUGCACCAGUGUUCAGAGGAGAAGAUGACAGAGCUUCUCCAACUAAUGAGUCAAUUUAAAGAAAUGGGCUUUGAACUAAAAGACAUUAAGGAGGUCUUAUUACUACAUAACAAUGACCAACAGAAGGCUUUGGAAGAUCUGAUGGCCCGUGCAGGAGCCAGCUGAAAACACAUUCCUGGAUUCUCAUCAUACAACAGAGCAAGACCAGGGUGACAAUCUCAGCAAGGAGUUUGGUUUUUUGCAUAUAAGGGCUCUGUCUGAGCAAGCCUGCCCAUGUGCAUCACUCCAGCAUUUCUCUUUCCACUGGGAGACAACUUGGUUUCUGAAAUUCAGUGUCCUAAGUUUCCUUUUUUCCAGUUUGGCCACAGAGAGUUUAGACUGUCCAGCCUCUACUGGAACUGUACAUAGGUAGAGAUGGGGUGAUUUCUCCCAUUCACCUUUGCACUGGAGUUGAACAGAAGAACAUUGUUGGUUCUGAAACUAGGAUGCUUUGGUUCUUUGAAGUUUCUUUCAUGGUGUCUGCUUGCACUGAGUUACUUGAUUGUGUCAUAGUACAGAUUAACUGGUUAAAUUUGACCUUUAGUGCAAUGGAGUUUUAAUUUUUGGGGGGAAAGUUAGUCUGCAACUUAGUAGAACACUGUUUCAGAAACUAUUGCUAUGCAUAAAGAGCCUAUUCCUCUUGGGUUUUUUUACCCAUGCAUCCAACACUUCUGCCAGACAUGAGUGCUCAAUGCUGAGUGGUCUGUAAAUUCCCUUGAAAUGGGUAAGCUGUGAAUUCUAUCUGGACCUGCAACUUAUGUUUGUUUUUGAACCUGAAGGCAGAGAGCUGGAGCUUAGUAUUCUUAACCCCCCCAGGUUUGUAGGAUAUUUAAGGCAAUACUCUGCUCGGAAAUCAGUUCUCUUUUUGUUUUAAAUAAUACUCAGUGUGAUGCAGGAGGUUCCUUUCAAGCACUUUCUUUAAAAGAGAUAUACUCACUGCAUUAGUUCCAUUUCUCACACUGCUAUAGAAUUGCAUAAUAACAUCUAGUACUAGAAAUCAGCUUUUGGGUUGGUUUUGAUAGUGAAAGUUCUAAGUACUUAAAAUAUCAACAGUCUUGAGGAAUCUUUAAAGUAAUUCACUAAAUAUUUUGAUUCUGCAGAAGAAAAACUAACAAAAUCCUCAAUAUAACUCCCAGUGUCAUGGUUCCCAUCUCUCAUGCUCUUUGGCUUCAACAAAUUAACAACUUGCUGGAUCCUGCCUGCCCAGGUGCUGCCUGCUCCUGUAGGGACACAUACACACUGUGUGUUGGGCAGAACAACCAGGUCUCCAGGCAGAUGGCUGCAGUGGUGCAAAACCAAGCCUAGGGAUCCAAACUCGUGUUAUAGCAUGGAGCUGGGAGCACUGAGAACUUAGGCAGGAAAAAACAACUUGGCUCAUUUCCUCAAUUUAAGUUUUUCAGUAGGAGGUUUUAGCUCAUCAGGAACCUGAAGGAGAUGACAUGUCUAUUAUGUUGUUAGGUUUAUAUGACCAAAACAUGUAAUUUGGGUACAGUGUUAACUCCUGGAGUUGUCUGUGUGGUUCUUAACUACGCUAAUUACCUUUACUUAAAACAAAAUGAUGCUGAGAAAAUAUGUACCUGGUAAGUAUCUAGGAGGUGUGGAGAUGAAUGAUGAAUAGGACCAGGACAGAUUUCCUUGCAUGUAUCCCAUAGUACUGAGCUUCACCCGCUUCUAUUAGUGGGACUGAAAUUAAAAUUUUUCUAAGAAGGACAUUCAGCAGCUGGUGGAUCAGCAGCUGCUGCCUCUGUGGGUGCAGGUAAAGCACAUGUCCAGCUUUCCUUCCCAGAUGAGAAAUGUGACAGUUUGAAAUGAAGAAUUGGGGUUCCUGAUUAAUCAGAAAAGCUGGAAAACAGAACUUGAACUGCUUUACUGUCACUGCUGAGAGCAUUCGGUUGUGUUGCUUGUUUCAGUUUUCUCACAAUUAAUAUCCAAACAAAUCUGUCUGGUACUAGACAAUCUUGAAAGAGCAAGAAGUCUUGCCAGCAAAGAAGCAACUAUUUAGACCAAACUUCUGAAUUAAAUCAUCUCUUCAGUUGUGUUUAUGUGUGUUGUUUUUCUGGUCUCCCCACUACAGUAACCACUCUGCUUAUGGAGACUUAUAGAGAUGAGAGCAGAGAGGUGAAGAUGGAAAGUGAUACUUGUAAAGCUGGUGGUCUCCUUCGAAAAAGAUGUACCCCUUUGUGUCUUCCCUGGUAACACUGCUGUUGCUUUGUCAGUGAAGUGUCUGGAUUUACAUCUGUAUUAGGUUUGCAUGGCCAGGUUUUGGUAGGAGAGGCUAUGGGUGUGGCUUCUGUGAGAAGAUACCAGAAUCUUACAUCAUGUCUCACAGAGCCAAUGCUAGCUGGUUCCAAGAUGUGCCCAUUGCUGUCCAAAGCUGAGUCAAUUGGGAAUGGUGCUAACUUCUGUGAUAACAUAUUUGUGUCUUGGUUUGAAAGACAGGUGUCUGCUAGGGAGGGGCAGGGCCUCCCUUGGAAUGGAAAAUUCAAAUCCCCUCCCUCCAAAUUAUUCUAAUUUAGAAAAUUAAAGGGGCUUUCAGACAGAGGUAUGGGGAUAGGAAUAACAGUUCUUUACUAGUAUGUAUAACAAGGCAAACAAACAACAACUACAGCAUUAAUAAUAAAACAGAACCAGGAACCUCAGGGGGCUUUGUUUCACAAAGCCUGGGGUAGUCUGAUCUUGGUGCCCCUGCGGGACUCCAAGAGGCUGAGCUGGAACAGUGGAAACUCCCAGGCUGGUGGAUGAGAUAUAUCAGAAGCUCUGCAGUGGUAGCUGGAACGGCAGGGAUGUCCCAGCAGAGCAGGGCAGUGCAGGGGUACAGCAUAGCAAAAAGCCUCAAAGCAGUGCCAAAGAAGCAGUGGUGGAGGUGGGACAGGGCCGGCAUAGCAGGGCAGGAGGAGGCGAGCUCAGAAUUCUGGGGCACAUGAACAGAUGAUGGUAGAUUUCCCAGGACCAGACUUGGUGGUGACAGUGAACUCCUCCCGCAGCAAGGAACAUCCUGGCCGUCCUCUCCUCGAUGCUGAGAGCAAGAGCAAGUGUAGCUGCCCCCACCCUUGUCUUUUACCUGCCCCCAAACCUCAUGGCAUCUUUUCCCCGCCAAGAGAAAACUUCCAGAGUGUCGGAGUCCAGGACAUCCCUCUGGCCGUCUGUCACGAGCCAAAGGAUGGUCGUGAUGGUUCGUUUUGAUUUCAGAGUGCAAAAGGAGGCAAUGAGAACUUAGUUCAAGUAAAAUCAAUUGUAUCUUUAUUGAUGCACACAAUUAUGCGAUAGAAGAGAAGGGAAAGAAAGAGAGAGAGAGAAAAGAGGAAAAGGGAGGUCAUAGCUACCGACUAACAGAUGAGAGUCCUCAUGACGCUGGAAACCAAGACCACCUUCGCAGUCCUCGUGGCGCGUGUCAAUAGACUGUCUUGUCCGCCGGGGAGGCCUCAAAGUGUGAGUCGCAGGGGGAAGCUUUUAUAGUCAUUUCAGAAGCAGGGGGCACCUGGUCAAUGCAGGCAGAAGUGGGGGGCACCCGGCCAAAGUGGGGGGAGCACCCAAGAGUCAUUGUGAGGAGGCUCGUUGCUCUGGGAAUCAGGUGCAACCAUUCAGAUCAGGCAGGUUUGGGACAAGUAGGUCUGGGCUUUGCGGCAGGUACAGCACAGUCAGUCAGAGCAAACACAGCCUCUGCAAACACAGCCCAGGAACCGUAACAGCCCCUUAUUGUUCCUGCAUGGGUUUCUGAGGAGGGCGUCUUGGUCCAAGGGGUGCACCUGCAGGGAGAAACUUGGGUCCCGCCUCGGGCAGGCCAGAACUCCUGUGUUUCGGCCCAGGGUCCGUGGGGGUCUCAGCCUCUGACAGUCGUGAGGCAGAUGAGGGACCUUUGGAUCGACUAUUACACCGCCCUGAAGGGUUUGGAGAGGGGACAGGGGGAUUUGGGAUCUGUACAAGGGGGUCAGCCAGCCUCACACAGAGCCCAGGAGGACACUGCUUUUGAUCCCUGGCCAUGGGAGCUAAUACCCACAUUGUAUGAAGAAUCACAAGCUGAAAGAAUUCAAAAUAAGUAGUAGCUAGUUUAUCACAGAAUGUAAAUGUAGAAGCUAGGAUUUUUAGUAUAUGGGCUUGAAGAGGCAAGAUGGAGGAAUUGGGGAGUGGUCCUGUCCUCCUUGUUCUUGUUCUUUUCCCCCAUUUUCUGCUGAGUUGUAUCACAAGGAUUGGUUUAGAGUAGAAAUGACAUGUUAACAUAGGUAGUAAGUAUUGGUAAGAUUUUGUAAAUAAAAAGUACGUUGUGGACGGUGGUUGGACCAGAGAAAUGGUACAAAGGGUCUAGGACCCUCUGAUCUGCCCCAGUCCGCUGCAUGUCCUGCACUGCUGGGGAUGCCUGGCAGAGCUGAGAAAGAACUGAGAGAUAAUGAAGAAUAAACAACCCUGGAAACAUGCA